UCUCGAUUUCAAGUGAUUCGUGGUAUACAUAAAUAAGUUCACUGUUCAGCAUCAGCUCUAGCUACAAGUUUUGUUGUCUUCUUUAACAAUAACUAAUUUAUUUUCAUAUUACUUAUCUGGGGCAUCUGGCCUAAACCUCUGCUGGACAGUGGACGUGUCUGGUAGACGUCUCAUCGGCCAUCAUUAAUCACCACUGACCGCGAAAGUUUCGGAUUACAGUAGUGUCCUGUUACAUGGCACUGAUAAAUGACAUUUCACAUAAUAAUUAAUAACAGUGUUAUUGUAAAUUGUAUGCGAACGGUGUAAUUUAAAAUUGAAAUACUCGUUGAAAUACCUCUCAUACAAUAAAGUUUACUACUGACUUUCAGUUCAAAAUUAUAAUGUUUGUUUAAAAACAGUAAUCAUAAUAUACUUAAGCCGUAACUUCUAGUUGACUUGCGAAUACCACGAUGGUGGACGAACAAAAAGAACUCCAGGAUCAAGAGAUUAUUGUUAACGAAGUCGAUGGAUUGCCGAGUUUACUUGAUGACAAAAAUGAUUUAUACAAAGCUGUGACCUCUGAACAAUCGUCUUUAGAUGAUUUAAACGAUGAAGAUUUGCCCACAUCUUUAAUUGUUACUAAUGUUGAUCCUGCAAUUUUUAAGGAUGAUGAUCUUAAGAAAGAAAUGGAAAUGUUGUUUAGUCGUUUUGGGGAAAUAAUUUCCGUUCAAUAUUUCCGUAGCUUCAAGCGUUUAAGGGUUAACUAUGGUACUUCAGUAUCUGCUGCCAAUGCCAGAAUUCAGAUGCAUCAAAUAAGGUUUUAUGACACAAUAAUCAAUUGUUACUUUGCACAGCCUGUUACACCAAUUGAUGCGGCAGAUCAACACUUACAAUUACCAGCUCCAGUAAAACAGUUUUUAAUAUCACCUCCAGCAUCACCUCCAGAAGGUUGGGUACCUAGAGCUGAAGGCGAGCCUCUUAUAAAUUAUGAUUUACUUGCUGCUAUAGCAAGCCUCACGCCCGGUCAACCCCAUGAAAUCCAUGCUGCAACCGAUACUCUACCAGGCAUUGUUUUACAUGUGGCUGAAGGACAUGAAAAUACUAAAACAUCCGUUUCUACUAUUCCUCAUACAAGGCUACCAGAAAAAUAAAAUGGUGUUUUUUUUAAUCUGUGUUAUUUUCUUAUUAGAUAUCUAUGUAUGUUUAAAGAUAUUUUGUGUAUUUUAUUUAAUAUUUUAAAUACUUAUCAUUAUAAUUAAUAUAAACUAUCGUAUUUUUAA